GUAAGGAGUGCCUCGUGGUCCUUGGCGCAGAGGACCCUGUCCCGCGUGCCAGCGCUUCAGGCGCUUCAGGCGCGUCAGGCGCUUCAGGCGCUGGCGGGCCCAGUGACCCCGGCAGCGGGCGCGGAGGACCGGCGCGCAAGGCCCCGGAGUCCUUGCAGCAGCCCACCGACCGCAAUGCCGAG